GAUUAUCCGGUCAGAAAGAAAGCUUCCUGUUUUCGCCGAUUGAGAGGCGAAAAUCAAGACGAAGAAAAAGCCAGAGAUGAAUUGGUAGAGAAAUUCGAUCUGCAGACGAAUUUGAAAGAAAUAUGGAAGAAGUGGAAACCCUAGCGGGAAGUGGAAGCUUUCCGGUUGCUCCUCUCAUCUUCUUCACGGUUAUCGCCUUCCAAUUUGCCACCCGGUGGCUCCACGACUUGAAGAAGAAAGGAUCCAGGACCGAUAAGGAUAUCCCGUUGCGUGGAGAAAUUAAGCAGUUGUUGAAGGAGGCCAGCUCCUUGUCGCAACCGUCGACAUUUGCACAAGCAGCAAAGCUCAGGAGAACGGCAGCUGCUAAGGAGAAGGAGCUUGCAAAUUAUCAAGAACAACGAAGCCAAGAGAUGAAGCUGUCUUAUGAUUUGUAUCUGAAAGUCAUGCUCAUCAUGAAGACUGCAACAUAUUUCAUGCUGAUAAUCUGGUUUUGGGGGUCUCCUGUUGCUUCUGUUCCUCAGAAUCUUGUCCAACCCUUUGGGAGGUUAUUAUCUUGGAAGGCCGGAGGUCACUUGAAUGACAAGAUCAUGGUAAACAAAUUCCGCACCUGACUCCCUUUUCUUUAAAGAAACAUGCAGAUAAAUUUCUUCAGAAUUCUCAGCAACAAUGCUGACCAAAAAAGAAAAGAAAAGAAAAACAGCAACAAGAAAAACAAAAAGAAAAUAGCAGAUAAGCCAUGUAGCGAGCUGAGUAUGGUGGUUUUGAGAUGUACUGAUCAAUAUUCUAUCUUGCAGGUUGGCAUAAUACCAUGGUUGAUUUUGUCUGCGAGAGUUAGCAGAUAUAUUUGUCGGAUGGUCUAGUAUGAAAAAGAAUGAUCUUGUUGCUAGUUAGGAAAGCAUGAUCUGUUUGAUUCUUUUUCCUUUUCCAGGAUAAUUUUUACUGAUUUUGGGAACCUCUUCCUGUAUUGACCAACAGCACUUUAUGUAAAUUAAAUUAAAUUUUGAAGCUUCUGCUUCUUGUAAAACUCCUUUUUUAUUACUAAAGAAAAAAUACUUAAUAAAACAUUGAGAUCAUU